UCUACCGCCACAUUGAAUCCAUUGAAUCUAUUCGUAAAUAAAAUGAAUAACUUUUUGAACCGAGCGUGAAUGAAAAUGUCGACCGCGUCGGACACACCAGAAAAAUAGUGUAGAAUUUGUGAAUUCAGAAAAGUACGUUGAUAUCACCUACAAAAAUAUGAUUAAAAAAUAAUAAUAAUAAGUAUAUUCAACAAACACAAAUUUCUUGGCCGCGAAGCAACAAAAACCCGAGAGAGAGAGAGAGAGAGUGAGAGAGCAAGGCAAAGAAAACGAGCUGCAAAGAAAAACGUGAGGCGUCCGUUUGUCGCGUACGCGCUUUGCUUUUCCAUGUGUAAAUGAUGUGUGAAAAAUUCAUCGAAUUUCCCAACAAAAUGUGCCCAAAUGGCCGGCCGUGAGUGAAGCAAAUCCGUAGAUAAAACCCGAUAUUCGAUCUAACCAAAAUCCGAGUCCAAAAAGACUUGAGCAACGAAGCCAGCAAUCACAACAAAACCAAACAACACAAAAGAGAGGCCAGAGAUACACAACGCUGCGGAGAGAACAGAUAACAAGAGAGCGAGAGAGAGAGAGAGGAGUGUCGACUCGUUUUAGAGGGAAUGCAGCGUGCGGUGCAAAAUGCAGCCAAACAAAUUACUAAAACACACGAAAAAUUAAUCAAAUAAAGAAGCGAAGACAAUUCCACAGCACGCACUGUAUCUGUCUACACCUCAGGUCGCAGACAGACAGCAGGCACUGUAUAUCGAAAGCGAGAGAGAUUCCCUCACGUUUUAGCGCUAAAACAGCUAAAGAUAAAGCCAUGGACAGGGACAGCCUACCCCGCGUACCGGACACCCACGGCGACGUAGUCGAUGAGAAAUUAUUCUCGGAUCUGUACAUAAGGACCAGCUGGGUGGAUGCCCAAGUGGCGCUCGAUCAAAUUGAUAAGGGUAAAGCGCGUGGCAGCCGGACGGCCAUCUAUCUGCGUUCAGUAUUCCAGUCCCACCUCGAAACGCUCGGCAGCUCCGUGCAGAAGCAUGCCGGCAAGGUGCUAUUCGUGGCCAUCCUGGUGCUGAGCACCUUCUGUGUGGGCCUGAAGAGCGCCCAGAUCCACUCUAAGGUGCACCAGCUUUGGAUACAGGAGGGCGGCCGCCUCGAGUCGGAGCUGGCGUACACACAAAAGACCAUCGGCGAGGACGAGUCCUCCACGCAUCAGCUGCUCAUCCAGACGGCCCACGAUCCGAAUGUCUCGGUGUUGCAUCCGCAGGCGCUGCUCUCCCACCUCGAGGUGCUGGUCAAGGCCACCGCCGUCAAGAUCCACAUGUACGACGCCGAGUGGGGACUGCGCGACAUGUGCAACUCCCCGACCACGCCCACUUUCGAGGGACACUACUACAUCGAGCAGAUACUGAAGCAUUUGAUACCGUGCUCGAUCAUCACGCCUUUGGAUUGCUUCUGGGAGGGCAGCCAGCUGCUGGGACCAGAGUUUCCCGUGAACAUUCCUGGCCUUAAUCAACGCCUCAUGUGGAGCACCCUGAACCCCGCGUCGGUGAUGCAGUUCAUGAAGCAGCAGAUGUCCGACCAGAAGAUCAGCUUUGACUUCGAGACCGUGGAGCAGUAUUUGAAGCGGGCGGCCAUCGGCAGCGGAUACAUGGAGAAGCCCUGCCUCAAUCCGCUGAAUCCCAACUGCCCGGAGACGGCACCGAACAAGAAUAGCACCACGCCGCCGGAUGUGGGGGCCAUACUGUCGGGCGGCUGCUACGGCUAUGCGGCCAAGCACAUGCACUGGCCGGAGCAGCUGAUUGUGGGCGGCGCACAGCGGAAUCGCAGUGGACACCUGAAGAAGGCUCAGGCCCUGCAAACGGUGGUGCAGCUGAUGACCGAGAAGGAGAUGUACGACCAGUGGGAGGACAACUACAAGGUGCACCACAUCGGCUGGACCCAAGAGAAGGCCGCCGAAGUGCUGAAUGCCUGGCAGCGUAACUUUUCCCGCGAAGUGGAGCUCCUGCUGCGCAAGCAGUCUCGCAUUUCCGCCAACUAUGACAUCUACGUUUUCAGCUCGGCCGCCCUUGACGACAUUCUGGCCAAAUUCUCGCACCCGAGUGCCCUAAGCAUCGUCAUUGGAGUAGCUGUCACCGUUCUCUACGCAUUUUGCACGCUUCUCCGGUGGCGUGAUCCCGUCCGGGGCCAGAGCAGCGUGGGUGUCGCUGGUGUGCUGCUCAUGUGCUUCAGCACCGCAGCUGGCUUGGGUCUGUGUGCCCUGAUGGGGAUCGUCUUCAAUGCGGCCAGCACUCAGGUGGUGCCAUUCCUGGCCCUGGGCCUGGGCGUGGAUCACAUCUUCAUGCUGACGGCUGCCUAUGCGGAGAGCAAUCGCAAAGAGCAGACCAAGCUGAUCCUGAAGAAGGUCGGACCAAGCAUCCUUUUCAGCGCCUGCAGCACGGCCGGCUCCUUCUUCGCGGCAGCCUUCAUUCCGGUGCCGGCGCUAAAGGUGUUCUGCCUGCAGGCAGCCAUCGUGAUGUGCUUCAAUCUGGCGGCUGCUCUGCUGGUCUUUCCGGCCAUGAUUUCGCUCGAUCUGCGACGGCGCACUGCCGGCCGGGCGGACAUCUUCUGCUGCUGCUUUCCCGUGUGGAAGGAGCAGCCCAAGGUCAUGCCGAUGAACAACAACAAUAGCCUGCGGGGAGCGCGUCACGUGAAGAAUUGUAACAACAGCCGCGUGGGUCUCCCUCCGCCGCCACCAUCCCAAAAUCCUCUACUGGAGCAGCACGGCGGCGGCGCAACGCCUGGCAGCAUCAGCAGCAGCAGCAAGAGCAGCUCCCUGCCGUCGUUUUCCCUGUCCAGCUUUGCCUUCGACUACUACACACCCUUCCUGAUGCGCAGCUGGGUGAAGUUUCUGGCCGUUAUGGGCUUCCUGGUGGCGCUGAUCUUCAGUCUGUACGCCUCCACCAAGCUGCAGGAUGGCCUCGACAUCAUUGACCUGGUGCCGAAGCACAGCAACGAGCACAAGUUCCUGGACGCGCAGACGCGCCUCUUCGGAUUCUACAGCAUGUACGCGGUGACGCAGGGCAACUUCGAGUAUCCCACGCAGCAGCAGCUGCUGAGGGACUACCAUGACGCCUUCGUCCGGGUGCCGCAUGUCAUCAAGAAUGAUAAUGGAGGCCUGCCCGACUUCUGGCUGCUGCUGUUCCGCGACUGGCUGAAAAAUCUGCAGCGCAUCUUCGACGAUGAGAUUCGGGAUGGGCGGCUGAACAAGGAGGUGUGGUACCCGAAUGCCAGCAGCGAUGCCAUCCUGGCCUACAAGCUGAUCGUGCAGACGGGCCAUGUGGACAAUCCGGUGGACAAGGAGCUGGUGAAGACGAAUCGGCUGGUCUUCAGCGAUGGCAUCAUCAAUCCAAAGGCCUUCUACAACUAUCUCUCUGCCUGGGCCACCAACGAUGUCUUUGCCUAUGGUGCAUCCCAGGGCAAACUGUAUCCAGAACCGCGUCAGUAUUAUCAUGCGCCCAACGAGUAUGACCUGAAGAUACCCAAGAGCCUGCCACUGGUCUAUGCACAGAUGCCCUUCUAUCUGCACGGCCUCACGGACACCUCACAGAUCAAGACCCUGAUCGGCCACAUACGCGACCUGAGUGUCAAGUUCGAGGGCUUUGGACUGCCCAACUAUCCUUCCGGCAUUCCCUUCAUUUUCUGGGAGCAGUACAUGACAUUGCGCUCCUCGCUGGCCAUGAUUCUGGCGUGUGUUUUGCUGGCUGCCUUGGUGCUCGUCUCGCUGCUGCUGCUGUCCGUUUGGGCCGCCGUGCUGGUGAUACUCAGUGUUUUGGCCUCGCUGGCACAGAUCUUUGGGGCCAUGACCUUGCUGGGCAUAAAGCUGUCGGCCAUACCCGCAGUCAUACUAAUACUGAGCGUGGGCAUGAUGCUCUGCUUCAAUGUGCACAUAUCCCUGGGCUUUAUGACAUCGGUGGGCAAUCGUCAGCGCCGCGUCCAUCUGGCCAUGCAACUGUCAUUGGGUCCGCUGGUGCAUGGAAUGCUCACCUCUGGGGUGGCAGUUUUCAUGCUCUCCACAUCGCCCUUCGAGUUUGUCAUCCGCCACUUCUGCUUCCUGCUGAUUGUGGUGCUUUGUGUGGGGGCAUGCAACAGCCUGGUGGUCUUCCCCAUUCUGCUGAGCAUGCUGGGGCCGGAGGCGGAGCUGGUGCCACUGGAACAUCCCGAUAGGAUAUCCACGCCCUCGCCCCUGCCCAUGCGCAGCAGCAAGCGCUCGAACAAGUCGUUCAGUGGGAACGGCUCGCGUUCGUCGUCGCGCAACAACUGCCAGAAGGCGCACCACUACCACAAAGACGUCAACAUCAACGAUCCCUCGCUGACGACCAUCACGGAGGAGCCGCAGUCCUGGAAGUCCAGCAACUCCUCCAUCCAGAUGCACAACGACUGGAGUGCACCAGCACCGCCGCCGCCGACACAGACAACGAACAACUUCAACAACAUAAACUAUCAGCACGGCGGGGGAUCACGCCCCGCCUCGUAUGGAGCACCGCCACCCGCGUACCACAAGGCCGCACAGCAACAGCAGCAGUAUCCACCAGAACUGCAGAGCAUCGUUGUGCAGCCGGAGGUGACGGUGGAGACGACGCACUCGGACAGCAACACCACCAAGGUGACGGCAACGGCCAACAUUAAGGUGGAGCUGGUCACGCCCGGGCGGGCGGUGCGCAGCUAUAACUUUACGAGUUAGCACUAGUUCCUGUAGCCAUUAGCCACUAUCUCUAACUGUAGCUUAAGCUUUAACUCUAACUUUAUCUGUAUAAUCGAGAUAUGUCUAUAUAUAUAUAUAUGUGUAUAUGCUUAUGUGUAUAUGUGUAUGCAUGUUAGUUAAUUUCCGCGCGCAUCUAUAUGUAGCAGCUGCUAUGCCCCACAACCCCACGUUCCCCUACUUCUAAUCCUACUCCUACUAUCUGUCACCAUCCUCGCCCUACCCUGAACUCCUUCCCAUCCCAUCCCUCUGCCUAGCAGCUUUGUAUGUAUGUAUUUAGCUCUUAAGGCAUUUCUUAUACAUAGAGAUACAUAUUUAUUAUAACACACACACACACACACACACAAGCACACACUGUACUUACACACCAACACAAUUAAAAGCGAUAUUCACGACACCACCCUCCCCCACCCCACCACUCCGCACGACACACAAAGCAAACAAACAAACUAGUAAUUUAUAGUCUUUAAUUUAGUUUAAAUAUGUACAUACGACAAACGAAAAAAAACCACAAGGACUUGAACCAAAAUAGUAUCGCUUAUAUGGAAACGAAAGAAACAAAAAAUUACUAUUACUGAAUCGAGCAACAACAAUUACAAGCAAAAUAAAACAACAAAAACUCCAAAAAAAGCCCAUCCCCCGUAACGGUACUUACAACCAAAAUAAAA